GCGGGUUCUUAUGAUAUACUGACUAGCAUAUAGGCAUAUAGCCGUUUCCAAUUCUUCUUAUUUAAGGGUCUAUUAUAUUCAUUAACGUCAUAGAUAGGGCUAUUGUUGACCUAUUUAAAUAGGCUAUAGACAAAUACGAGAACGAGGCUAUUAUCGGUUAAUGUCCCACAAAAAGAGUAAGUAACUUUGACGUUAACUUCAAAAUUCGCAAAUAGCGCUCAACAAGGAAGUAAAAACUAAAGACCAUCAGAAGAAUACCAGACGAAGAAACAAUUAUCAGGAGGACACUGACUGUCUGAUAUCAUGGAUCAGACUCCUCAGUCUCUCGCUCCAGCCCAGCAUUCUGGUCCUUCAUCCUCCAUUACGUCUCAACCUGCCCCUACACUGUCCUCCAUCAUGUCUCAACCUGCCCCUACACCGUCCUCCAUCAUGGCUCAACCUGCCCCUACACUGUCCUCCAUCAUGGCUCAACCCGCUCAUCCACUGUCCUCCAUUAUGGCUCAGGGUGGUUCUGUUGUCGCUGCACCCCAACUUGUUGGCUGCAAUGUCGAAGGUUCAGUUUAUCAACAGAUCAGUGUUACUAUGGCUUCGCAUGGUGCUGAUGAAGAGCUGCCAAAAGUCAAGGACAAACACAAGUCCAACAUGAAGAAGAAGUUUGGGAGCAUCUUUGAGGGGCUUGGAAAACGGGGAAACCCAACAUUGCUUGACAAGAUCUACACAGAGCUCUACAUCACAGCUGGGGAGAGUGAAGGGGUUAAUAAGGAGCAUGAGGUAUGGCAGAUUGAUGAUACGGCUCAGACCAAAGCAUUUCAAGACCAUGCAAUCAACUGCAAUGACAUGUUUAGAUCUUUAGACCCUAAGACAGAGGAACAUAAUGACAAAUCCCAAUCCAAACAAGAGGUACCCGUCAGAACUGUGCUGACGAAGGGAAUCGCUGGCAUCGGAAAAACAGUCUCAGUGCAGAAGUUCAUCCUUGACUGGGCAGAAGGAAUAGCCAAUCAGGAUGUAGAUUUUGUCUUCGCACUUCCAUUUAGGGACUUGAAUUUGAUCAAAGAUGACUGCAAUCUAUUGGAACUCCUGAGUGACUUCCACCCUGAUCUAACAGAUAUGAAGGAUGCAAAGAAGGUGGUCAGCGGUAAAGUCAUGUUCAUCUUGGAUGGCCUCGAUGAAAGCCAACUUCCUCUGUGUUUCCGUGACAACAAGAGGUUGUCUAAUGUAACCAAGACAACAUCAGUGGACGUGCUGCUGACAAACCUCAUCAAGGGGAAUCUGCUUCCUUCUGCUCUCCUCUGGAUAACCUCCCGACCAGCAGCAGUUGAUAAGAUACCCUCUGACUGUUUUGACCGUGUCACUGAAGUUCGAGGAUUCAACGACCCACAGAAAGAAGAAUACUUCAAGAAGAGAUUCAGUGAUGAUGAGAACCUGGCCAGCAAAAUCAUCUCCCACAUAAAGACACCAAGAAGCCUCCACAUCAUGUGCCACAUACCGGUCUUCUGUUGGAUUGCUGCCAUGGUUUUUGGAAAAAUGUUGAGGGAAAAUGACCAUGGAAAAGUCCCUCUGACUGAGAUGUACAUUCGCUUCCUACUCACUCUGACAAACAUGAAGAACAAGAAAUAUAAUGGGAAAAACGAACCAGAUCCUCGUAAUCUGUCAGAGUCUGACGUACAGAUCAUUCUGAAGCUUGGAAAACUAGCCUUCCAAAACUUGGAAAAGAGCAAUUGGGUGUUUUCUGAAGACUAUUUGAGAGAGUGUAGCAUUGAUGUCAACGAAGCCUUCUUGCUCUCAGGGAUGUGCACAGAGAUCUUCAGAGAGGAGGACCCUAUGUUUCAAGCAAAGAUGUACAGCUUUGUGCAUCUCACCAUUCAAGAGUUUUUUGCAGCACUCUAUGUUGCUUUCUCAUAUGCCAGUGAAAAUGUCAACCCAUUUCGUUUAAGAGACUACCAAGAGCUACCAAGAACAAAUUACAGUGAUUCUGGAGACAGGGAUGAUGACUACAGGGAUGAUGACUACAGGGAUGAUGGCUACAGCGAGGAUGAAGACUACAGGCCACAACACAGAGGUUCUGAGCAGCAGCAGAAAACACUGCAUGACUUGCAGAGGAGUGUUGUGGAUAAAGCGUUGAACAGCAAGACCGGUCACCUAGACCUCUUCCUCCGCUUCCUUCUGGGCAUCUCACUGGAGUCCAAUCAGAUCCUCUUGAAAAGCCUACAGCUCCAGACAGAGGGAGACACAGAGAGCAUCCAGAAGACCAUCCAGUACAUCAAAGAUAGACUUUCAGAUGAAAAACAAAGACAAUAUCCUUCCCCAGAGAGGUGCAUCAAUCUCUUUCACUGUUUGAUCGAGUUGAACGAUACCUCAUUUGUGAAUGAAAUUCAAAGGUUCUUGACAUCCAAAAACCCUGCUGAGAAGAAGCUGACGCCUGCACAGUGCUCGGCGAUGGCAUACGUACUCUUGAUGUCAGAGGAAGUGUUAGACAAACUGGACCUGAAAGUGUACAACACGUCAGAUGAGGGGCGUAAGAGGCUGGUCCCAGCUGUUCGAUGCUGCCGAAAGGCUAUACUAGCAGACUGCCACCUUACGACGAGUUGCUGUGAAACGGUGGCAUCUGCACUACAGCUGCCUGACUCCCACCUGAGAGACCUGGACCUCAGCGUCAAUUCCCUGUUGGACCUGAAGCCCCUCUCUGUUGGACUGAGGAGUCCCAACUGCCGACUGGAGUCACUUAACCUGAGCCAUAUCAACCUGGAAAGAUCAGGACCGGAGCUUCUAAAGGCUGUGCUGAUGGGUCCUCUCAACCAGCUACUUGUGUUGAGACUCACCGGGUGCGAUCUCAAAGAUGACAUUUGUGAAACCGUUGCCUCAGCUCUCCAGUCAGCUGGCUCAUGUCUGACAGAGCUGGAUCUCAGCUACAACAAACUGACAGACACCGGGGUGAAGCAGAUCUCCAAUGGUCUUUUGAGUCCACACUGUAAACUGAAGAUCCUGAGACUGACUGGUUGUGAGGUUACAGAGGAGUCCUGUGGAAGUUUGUCCUCUGCUAUAGCAGUCUCUCAGCUCGAGGAGCUGCGUCUGGGCUGCAACAAACUGGGAGACUCUGGAGUAAAACUGCUGUCUGCUGGACUGAUGGAUCCACACUGUCAGAUACAUACUCUGGGGCUAAGGGAGUGUAAUCUCUCCAGACGUUCCUGUGUCUCUCUGGCUCCUGUCCUGUGGUCAUACUCAGUACUGAGAGAGCUGGACCUGAGGGACAACAAUCUGUGGUACUCUGGAAUGAGGUUCCUCUCUGCUGGACUGAGGAACCCCAAAUGUGCCUUACAGAAUCUUAGGCUUUCUGGUUGUCUAGUCACAGAGAAAGGCUGUACGUUUCUUGCCUCCGCUCUGGAGUCAAACCCCUCCCACCUGAGAGAACUGGACCUGAGCUUCAAUCACCCAGGAGACUCCGGAGUGAAGCUGCUCUCUGAUAGACUGAAAAAUCCACACUGUAGACUGGAGAAACUCAGUUUGGACCAUGGUGGAGAGUCCAGAAUCAAACCAGGCCUGAGGAAAUAUGCCUGCCAGCUGAAGUUGGACUUAUGGUCAGCAGAUGGUGACCUGACUCUGUCCGAGGACAACACGAGGGUGGUGAGGAGAACGCAGGUUCACCCAUAUCCUUAUUUUGAUUUCUCGGAUUCAGAUGACUCCGAUUGCUCACAUCGGACCAAAAAGUCGGAUAAGUGGGCCAAAGUACGCUGCAGGGAGCCCCUGUCUGAUGGUCGUUUCUACUGGCAGGUUGAAUGGACUGGCUGGGUUGACAUUGGGGUGACAUGUACACCCAGAUGGGAUAUUGAGAAGAAGAGGUCUUGGGGGCUUUUCUGCUGCAAUGAACAGUACACAUUUAUUCAUAGUAACAGGAUCUCAGUUAUAUCAGUACCCAGACCUGACCCAAAGUGUAUAGGAGUGUAUCUCGACUUUCCGGACGGCACUCUGUCCUUUUACAACGUCUCCUCUGGUACACUGACCCACCUGCACACAUUCCACACCACGUUCACUGAGCCACUCUACCCUCAGUUCAAAAUCAUGUGUGAUGAGAUGGAGAUAUUUGGCUCAGUUAAGAUCCAAACUCUGUGAAUGAAAAGCAGCCAUCACCAGAGUAACUGACAGACGUUUUUUAUUCAUUAUGUCUGUAUUUUUUACUACAUCUUCACUCAGAGAGAAGACAAUGUUUUGAUUAGAAACCUUUAUAUAAUAAACGUAAUAAAUAUUGACCAUUCACACAUUGUUUAGCUUUGAGUGUGGAAAUGGUUUCAUGUUUAUAUUAUUUUAUUGUUAUAGUUAUCAUUAUGUUUUAUUAACAUGUUUAUAAUUAUUAAUUUGUGUAAAAGCUAUUUGAGUUUAGUUGAAGUGUCACGCCCUGACCUGAGAGAGACGGUUUAUUUCUCUAUUUUGUUAGGUGUGGGAUGGGCAGUCUGUUAUAUUUCCAUGUUGUCUUUUUCUUUGAUUGGCCGAGUAUGGUUCCUAAUCAGAGGCAGCUGUCUAUCGUUGUCUCUGAUUGGGAAUCAUACUUAGGCAGCCCUUUUUCCUUCCUUCAGUUGUGGGAUCUUGUUUUUGUACAGUUCGGUUAGCCUGCAGAACGUGACAUUCGUGUUCCGUUGUUUAUUGUUUUGAUUUAGUGUUCUGAGUUAAAAUAAAUAUUUGAACAUGAGCAUUCA